AUGGCUGUAGUAGCCAGGAUGGAUUUGGAAUUGCAUCAAUUAGAUGUUAAAAUUGCUUUUCUCAAUGGAGAAUUAAAAGAGAAAAUUUAUAUGAUUCAACCUGAUGGUUUCCAGAACCAAGUUCAACAUUUUUUACUUGAUUUUGAUAUGGAAGAGUUGCAAACCUCUGGAAGUUCAAACUCAAGCAAUGGUGACAGCAACAUCAGUGAUGAAAAGGUUUUCGACAACAAAGAUGAAUUGCUCACUUGGGUACAUGAUAUUGGAAGGAUAAAUGGCUUUGUUAUUAUUAUAAGGACGUCGGACUAUGGUGGCGGUCGUAAGAGACCAAGAAUUUAUCUUGCUUUUUGUGGGCUGCAUAACCAUCCAGCUGCGGAGCAUCUCCAAAGACAUUCAUAUGCAGGGAGAUUGUCAGCUAAUGAAAAGUCGCUAUUAGUAGAUAUGUCAAAGAGCCUAGUAAAACUAAAAGAGAUACUCAUUACACUCAAACAAAGGGAUGCCCUUAAUAUGAGCACAAUGAAGACAGUUUACAAUGUACGACAUCGAUGUAGGGUUCUACAGAAAGCUGGUAGAUCCCAGAUGCAACAACUGCUGGGUAAAUUAGCGAAACAUAAGUACAUUGAGCGUCAUCGAUGUGAGGAAGGCUCUAUGCCUGUCACGGACUUGUUUUGGGCACAUCCAGUGAGUUUGGAUUUGCUUUGUACAUUUCCUCGUGUGUUGAUUAUGGAUUGCACAUAUAAGACGAAUAGAUAUCGGCUUCCUCUUCUUGAAAUUGUGGGAGUAACAUCAACUCAUAUGACAUUCUCCGUGGCUAUCGCAUACUUGCAAACUGCGCGGGUUGAUAAUUAUGCAUGGGCGUUAUAA